AUGGCAAAAUCAGAUGAGCAAAAUGUGAUAAUGUUGGGAGCAAUUAAUCAAAAUGCAAACGAUUUAAGUGGUACAACGUCAAAUAAUUCUUCACGGAUACGUGGAAUACGUUAUAUUAUAUUAGUGUCAACGCUGUUAUGUCUUGCAUCGAUUAUGUCAAAUAUUGUCACAUUUAAUUUUACUGUUCUUUGUAUAUCACCACAAUAUGGUAAAGAAUUAUCACAUGCUAAUCAGUCUGCACGAAAUGCAAGUCAUGAAGGAUACUCUAAAGAUGAUAGAACUAUUAUAUUUAGUUCUACUGCAGUUGGUGCACUCUUAACUGUAAUAUUUGUUACACAAGCAUUGCAGUAUUUCGGACUUCGAAUCAUAUUUUUUGUGAGUGGCAUGUUAACAGCUAUAACAACAAUGCUAGUACCACUUGCAGUAGCUCAAAAUGGAAUCGUAUAUUUUGUCAUCCUAAGAGUUUGUCAAGGUAUAAGCUUUACGAUAUGUAUGCCAACCACCGGUGCUGUGACAUCAAGUUGGGCAUCACUUAAACAAAAUGGAUUAUUUAUUUCAACUUUGUCAUCAUUUAGUCAAUUAGCUGCUGUCUUUACAAUGGCUACAUCUGGUAAGUUGUGUACGUCAAGUUUCGGUUGGCCAGCUGUUUAUUAUUUACAUGCUGGAAUAUCAUUUAUUGCAUUUGCAGUUUGGGUAUUGUUGUACAGAAAUCAACCAGCUGAACAUCCAUUAGUAAAUGAAAUUGAAUUAGAAGAAAUAAACCGUGGACGAUCAACUGCAACCAUGUUAUCAGCAGCAAAAAAGCACCAGAAAAUACCAUAUUUAGCAAUUUUAUCUACACCAGCAAUUUGGGGUAUUUGGGCAGCAGCAAUUGGUGAUCUGAUGACAUUACAGCUAAUACAUACAUUUAGUCCACAGUAUAUCAGAGAAAUUCUGGGAUAUUCGGUGGAACAUACCGGUUUCUCCGCUGCUCUUCCAGUGCUUGUUCAAUUUCUUUUUAAGAUUUUUGCUGGUUAUAGCAGUGAUAAAUUACAUAUUUUAUCAGAAACUGCAAAAUUACGCUUAUAUAAUAGCAUAGCACUUGGUAUUUCAGCAUUUUUUCUCAUUAUUUUGGCCUUUUUACCUCAAGGCUACCCAUUAACGGGUGUAAUUUUGCUAACAUUAGCAACAUCGAUGUAUGGUUUCAAUGGAGCUGGUUUUAAUAAGUGCGCUACAUUAGUGUCGCGACAAUAUAGUGCUUUUGUGCUUGGACAUAUUCAAAUUCUUUGGUGCAUUGCUAUGUUACUAUCACCAAUUCUGGUGAAUGCAUUAAUUGGUGAAGGAACAAUUUAUGAUUGGCGAUUCAUAUUUUUGCUGCAUGCAUUCUUUUCGCUAAUCACAAAUGUUUACUUUUGUUUUGUAGCAGCUUCAGAUGCAGCAUGGUGGACAGAUGACGAACGCGUGAAAGCUUGCAUGCGAAGCGGUGACUCAUUUUGGUGGUGGAAAGGAGAACCACAAAAGAUUUAA